AUGGCGCGCCUCUUCAAUUGCCUGCUCUUGCUCUUCGCCUGUCUCGGAGUCUCAAUACAGGCAGAAGACCAAACCCAAUGGCCUCUCCAAGACAAUGGCCUUAACACCGUCGUCCAAUGGGACCACUACAGCUUCCAGAUCAAUGACCAGCGAAUCUUCAUCUUCAGCGGAGAAUUCCACUACUGGCGCAUCCCCGUCCCAGCACUAUGGCGCGAUAUUCUCGAGAAAAUCAAAGCAGCCGGCUUCACGGCUUUCGCCUUCUACUCCAGCUGGGCCUACCACGCCCCGAACAAUAGCACGAUCGACUUCACCACCGGCGCCCACGACAUCGUUCCCAUCUUCGAGCUUGCCAAGGAGCUCGGCCUAUAUAUCAUCGUUCGUCCAGGACCGUAUGUCAAUGCCGAAGCCAAUGCUGGUGGCUUCCCGCUUUGGCUUACUACGGGUGAAUAUGGCACGCUGAGGAACAAUGAUACUCGGUAUACGAAGGCGUGGACCCCGUAUUUCACUGAGAUGUCUACCAUCACUUCGAAAUAUCAGGUUACUGAUGGUCAUAAUUCGAUUUGUUAUCAGAUUGAGAAUGAGUAUGGCAAUCAAUGGCUGUCUGAUGCUUCGCUGCGCGUGCCCAAUGAUACCGCUAUCAAUUAUAUGGAGUUGCUUGAGGCCAAUGCCAGGAAGAAUGGCAUCACUGUUCCCUUGACAGCUAAUGAUCCCAACAUGAACUCCCACUCUUGGGGCAAGGAUUGGUCCAACGAAGGUGGAAAUGUCGAUGUCGCCGGCGUGGAUUCGUACCCUUCGUGCUGGACCUGCGAUUUGAGCCAAUGCACCUCCACCAACGGCGCCUACGUCCCCUUCCAAGUCAUGGACUAUUACAGUUACUUCCAAGAAUCCCAGCCCAACAUGCCAAGCUUUAUGCCCGAGUUCCAAGGCGGUUCCUACAACCCCUGGGGCGGACCUGAAGGCGGCUGUCCCGGCGACAUCGGCGAUGACUUCGCCAAUCUCUUCUACCGCUGGAACAUCGGACAGCGCGUCACCGCCAUGUCUCUGUACAUGAUGUUUGGUGGGCAGAACCACGGCGCGAUGGCUGCGCCCGUCACGGCCACGAGCUACGAUUACUCGGCGCCUAUCUCCGAGGAUCGCUCUAUCUGGUCGAAGUAUCACGAGACAAAAUUGCUGGCGCUGUUUACUCGCUCUGCGGCGGAUCUUACGAUGACUGAGUUGAUUGGUAAUGGAACGCAGUAUACGGACAACGCCGCCGUGAAGGCCUUUGAGCUCAGGAAUCCAGAGACUAAUGCGGCGUUCUAUGCGACUUUCCAUACUAAUACUUCGAUUUCGACUAAUGAGGCUUUCCAUCUGAAGGUUAACACUUCUGUCGGCUCGUUGAAUGUUCCCAAACAUGCUAGUUCUAUUCGAUUGAAUGGACAUCAGUCGAAGAUUAUUGUGACGGAUUUCACGUUCGGUGGAAAGACAUUGCUGUACUCCACUGCCGAGGUUCUUACCUAUGCUGUCUUUGACAAGAAGCCUACCCUUGUGCUCUGGGUUCCGACGGGCGAGUCGGGUGAGUUCAACAUCAAGGGCGCGAAGAAGGGUUCUAUCGAGAAGUGCCAGGGCUGUUCGAAGGUGAAAUUCGUGAAAGAGCACGGCGGCUUGACGACGUCUUUCACACAGUCCAAUGGCAUCACUGUAUUGGAAUUUGACGAUGGCGUCCGAGUCGUUGUGCUUGAUAGGACCUCAGCGUACGAAUUCUGGGCUCCAGCUCUCACGGAAGAUCCAUUCGUUCCGGAGACGGAAAGUGUUCUCGUUCUUGGCCCAUACCUUGUCCGAGGUGCUAAGCUCUCGGGUUCUAAGCUUGCUAUCACCGGUGAUGUCGUCAACGCGACUUCGCUGGAGGUGUUCGCUCCUAAGAGUGUGAAGUCCGUCACUUGGAAUGGAAAGAAGGUCUCGACUCAAUCGACUGAGUAUGGAAGUCUGAAAGCUUCUCUCAAGGCCCCUAAAUCUGUGAAACUGCCGGCUUUCUCUUCAUGGAAGUCGAACGACAGUCUUCCAGAGCGAUUUACGGCAUAUGAUGACUCUGGCGUUGCUUGGGUUGAUGCGGACCACAUGACGACACUGAAUCCCCGAACCCCAACCAGCCUGCCUGUUCUCUACGCAGACGAAUACGGUUUCCACAACGGCGUCCGUCUCUGGCGUGGAUACUUCAACGGCACGGCGACCGGAGCCUUCAUCAACGUGCAGGGAGGAAGUGCCUUCGGCUGGUCCGCCUGGCUCAACGGCGAAUUCCUCGACUCCUAUCUCGGCGACGCCACCAUCUCUCAAGCAAAUCUAACCCUAUCCUUCGCCAACGCAACGCUAAGCACGACAACUCCUAACGUCCUCCUAAUCGUCCACGACGACACAGGCCACGAUGAAACGACCGGCGCCCUCAACCCCCGUGGAAUCCUCGAUGCCAACCUCCUCGGCUCUGAAACUGGCUUCACACACUGGCGUCUGGCCGGCACCGCAGGCGGCGAAUCAAAUCUCGACCCCGUCCGCGGCGUGUAUAACGAAGACGGCCUCUUCGCUGAACGCGUUGGCUGGCAUCUUCCCGGCUAUGAUGACUCGGCCUGGAAGGAAACUAGUACUGGCUCUGUUCUCAGCUUCACGGGCGCUACUGUCCGCUUCUUCCGCACCACUAUUGAUCUCGAUCUGCCUGCUGGCACUGACAUUUCAAUUUCGUUUGUUCUUUCUACGCCCUCCGGUACGGAUAAGUAUCGUGCGCAAUUGUUUGUCAAUGGGUAUCAGUAUGGUCGCUAUAAUCCCUUCAUCGGGAACCAGGUUGUUUAUCCUGUUCCUGUGGGUAUUUUGGAUUAUGCGGGUACUAAUACGGUUUCUGUUGCUGUUUGGGCACAGACUGAGGAGGGGGCUAGUAUUGGUGUUGACUGGAGGGUCAACUAUGUUGCCGAUAGUUCCUUGGAUGUCGCUUCCUUGGACACUAAGGAUUUGAGACCUGAGUGGACUGAAGAGAGGGUGAAAUUCGCUUAG